CGCAUUCAGUCUCACGCUGUGAUGGACGGCAACGAGAAUAACAUAACUUUGCAUGUUUCUUUUGUGCAAGAAGAUGGAAGAACUGUUGACAUAGAAGUCCCGCCAAACUGCACAGUUGGUGAACUAAAGUUAAAGAUAGAACACACUCAUCAUAUUCAAGCGGAUACGCAGCGUCUGAUUUACUUGGGACGCAUUUUAGAAAAUAACAACGAAUCAAUUCAGACUUAUAAUAUUGCGAACGAUACAACGAUUCAGCUGACCAUCGUCCAGCAGGAAGCGCCUGAUAAUGAUAAUUCAUUUUCCUACGAAGUGGAGAGAAAUCUAUUCCAGCGCCGACUGCAGCGAGCAAUCGACAACUACGGCGGCGACAUCUUCAGCUGGCAAGCAAUGCUCACUCUGCAGGGCGCCCGCUUCCCCGAAGCAGGCGAUACAUUCACGUAUCCCGUGGCUUCUUCUCUGGAGUUUCUUCGCCAAGGCCUUCUCACCUGCAACACCUACAUCUCCGCAUUAACCCUCCCCGAGAGCAGUAUCCCCUCCUUCGCUCCCACAUCUGCGGUUUCCACGACGGCUCCGCGUCCAAACCGUCGUUUCUACCUGGGUCAGUGGAUCGACGCGCUGGACACCGUGGAGAAAUGGCUGGAGGCUACCAUCAUCGCCGUGGACGCCGAGUACGUCUUCGUCCACUACAACGGCUGGGCCUCGCGGUGGGACGAAUGGAUCCACGUGAACUCCCCGCGGAUCGCGCCGUUCCGCACGCACACGCGCCAUGUGCAGGUUCGCUCGACAUUAAGUCCCGAUGUGGUGUGCUGGGCACGUGACGCGCGCGUGACCGGCUCCGAAGACGCGUUGACGCUCGUGCAGCGGAUCCAGACCGUAUCCUCGGAAAUUUGGCGGGUUUUGGCUUCGCUGCAUCGCGAAGAAACCGAAUCGGAGGAGCGUUUCAACCAUCGCAAAGCGCAAAUUUGGACCCAAUUCGCGCCCAUUCUCGACCGAAUCGGCCGGUUAACCGCGGAUUCGGCGAGCGUGCUGCGGUGUAUCGCGGGGGGCGGGGAGAUUUUGGCGGUUCCUCCCGCGGGGGGUAGUGGAAUCGCGGGGAAAUGA